GUUUGGGUAUUUGUGUAUUUGUCAUUCUUAGCUAAUUUUUUUCUUUUUCUUUUUCAGAAUCAAUCACAGACUACCAAAAAAAAAACACAAGUGUUCUUGAUUCUUUCUUCCAUAUCGAGAUGGGUAAAGUAGCGAGAUGGUUCAAGGGCGUGUUUGGUAUAAAGAAGAGUACAGAAAGAAGUAGCGUUUCCGGCGGCGACUCCGUCAAAGACGGCGAUCAUUCCGGCGAGUUCAAUGCUUCGAAGGACCCUGUUUGGUUGACAACUUAUCUGACGGAUACAGAGAAGGAACAGAACAAGAACGCAAUUGCGGUUGCAACUGCUACGGCCUCAGCCACAGAAGCAGCGGUUUCGUCGGCCAAAGCGGCUGCGGCAGUUGUUAAACAGACCAGUGAAGUAAGAGCGGGAGAUAUUAUCACCACGAAGGAGUGGUGUGCUGCGGUCAAAAUACAAAAAGUCUUCAGGGGCUCUUUGGCGAGGAAAGCGUUAAGAGCUUUGAAAGGUAUAGUGAAGCUACAAGCUCUAGUGAGAGGAUACUUGGUAAGGAAACGUGCUGCUGCGAUGUUGCAGAGCAUACAAGUUCUAAUUAGAGUCCAAACUGCUAUGCGAUCUAAACGGAACAAUCGCUGCCUCAACAAAGAGUACAACAACAUGUUUCAACCUCGACAAUCACUACAUGACAAGUUUGAUGAAGCGAGUGAGAGAAGUCCGAAAAUUGUAGAGAUUGAUGAUACGUACAAGAGGAGAUCGAGUUCGAGAUCGAAGUCCAAAGAAGUGCACAAUGUUGGUGCAAUGUCUGAAUAUGAAGAUGAUUUUGUUUACAAAGAGAAUGACUUGGAGUUGAGUUUCUCGGAUGAGAAGUGGAAGUUUGCUUCGGCGCAGAACACGCCGAGAUUGUCGCGCCACCACGCUGCUAAUAAUCGCUACUAUGUAAUGCAGUCUCCUGCUAAGAACGUUUUGUGCGACGAUGGAGGCAGUUUGAGUACUCCUGGCUACAUGGAGAAAACAAAGUCGUUUAAGGCCAAGGUGCGUUCCCACAGUGCGCCACGUCAGCGAACUGAGAGGAAGAGGUUGUCGCUAGAUGAAGUUAUGGCCUAUAAGAGGAGCGUUACCGGCGUGAAUAUGCUGCAACAGCAACCGCCACGCUAUUCUUGUUCCUAUAAUCCGUAUUGAACUCCAAUGGACGAAUUUCUCAUUAUUUUUUCUAUAAUCUUCCUUUCCUUUUGUUUUCAAUCUUACUAUUAUUGUACAUUUUCUUUCUCGUUAUUUUUUAAAAACGUUCUCGUGGGUUUAGCAAUUUGUUGUUUUGUCGGUUUUAGCAAACUAGGUAUGUAAUCGUGUUCUGAACUUCUAAUUCUACCUAAUUCAAGCACAAGCAAACAUUGAGCAACC